UACUUGAUCACAAAUUUCAGUGACUUUCAACUUGCAUGUUUGGGAAGUUUCUUUCUACAUGAAAGUGUGUUCUUCUUAUCUGGACUUCCUUUUGUAUGGAUCGAGAGGGCAGGUUGGUUGAGCAAGUACAAGAUUCAGGUCGGCAGUUGACGAGAUUCGUGGUUUAUCUUUAUGUUUUAGAUUCCUCCUUUUGUUCCGCUUGAUAUAAAUUUUAUCUCUUAUUUUUCGUUUACUUUUCUUAACAAAUUUUAGCAAGUUGUAUAUGGAAUUACAUCAUUCUUAACUUAGUGCAUGUUUGGAAUCACGGUGGCGCCACAAGUUUGACGAAAUCACGGUGACGUUAUGAUUUUGGUGAAGCUUCAGAGUGUAACUUCUGCCGAUAUUGAUAUAUUUACCACCAAUCCAAACAUGCGAAAAAUAAUAGUGCUGCAGCACAGGAUAGAUGUAUUGUUCGCUUGUUGCUAUAUCAUUUUGGUGUCAAUCUACCUGUUAUGAUUUUUUCAUAUCCCGUCUUCAGAUACAUGGGCAUGCGGAGUAGUCUUCCCCUACCGUCCUGGAACGUAAUUCUAACUCAAAUAAUCUUUUACUUCAUUUUGGAGGAUUUCAUAUUCUAUUGGGGACAUAGGAUAUUGCACACAAAAUGGUUAUACAAGCAUGUACACAGUGUACAUCAUGAGUAUGCUACACCAUUUGGACUUACAUCGGAAUAUGCCCACCCUGCUGAAAUACUUUUCCUUGGAUUUGCAACAAUUUUCGGUCCUGCGAUCACUGGGCCCCACUUGAUAACUUUGUGGUUAUGGAUGGUUCUGAGAGUCCUAGAGACAGUUGAGGCGCAUAGCGGUUACCAUUUUCCAUGGAGUCCCUCAAACUUCUUUCCAUUAUAUGGCGGAUCUGAUUUCCACGACUAUCAUCACCGUUUGCUUUACACCAAGUCGGGAAACUAUUCAUCAACUUUCACUUACAUGGACCUGAUAUUUGGAACUGAUGUAGGGUACAGAAAGUUAAAAGCAUUGAAGAACACAAGAGUUGAAGACAGUAGUGACCAAAAGAAACUGUUGUAGCUUGGUCUUGUUAACAAAGUGAGUGUUGAAGGCUUUUAUGAACAUCCAUGCUUGUUAUUAAAAAAACUUUCAAUUUUGUGAUACCUCUCUAGUGCUCGUCUAAUAUUCUUAAUGUCAUGAAUGUUAUUUGUUGAUAUAAACCCACUUGGACUUGAUAUUACAAUUUGGAUAAAUGAAUGUAAUUAUUUCUCUUA